AUGGAGCAGGAAUCCUGGGAACAUGAGGAGGUGUUUGAAAUUGAGGAUCUGAUCGCACAUCACUCACUUGAGGCAAUUGUGGCUCUUCAGACUAUUGAAGCAACCGAUGAAGAUCGCACCAUAACGGAAUGGCAUCGGCGAGAGGUAGAGACCAAAGUUUAUCCUCGGAUUCACCAUUACAGCUGGUACGGCAGGCCUGUCUUUCACUCUGUUGGGACCCCUCCGGAAGAGUCCCUCGCUGUUAUCCAAGCCGAGCCAAAAUACCCCACUGGAAGUGCGCAGUAUCGCAUCAAGUCAGUCAUCAACCGUGCUAUGAAGCUUGUUGAUCCAGUUUUGGUGAAUAUCGAGCGAUUCAACCCCGACCUUUGGGCAGGAUCCGGUAGUGAUUUGAUCGAAGGUGUCAAAGGACGGGUACGCAAGCUUUACUCCCCACAUGGAGAAUGGAUGAAAGGAGGGUUUGGGAACGACUUUGCCAUCGUUGAUCUCGCUGUGAAUGAGCUUUGGGACCCAUUGAAGGUCCUCUUGGGUAACGGAAUUCAUGAGAAUGAGCCCAUACCAACCUGGGAGGAUUGGCACAUUUGGCAAAAGCGCCGCAUAUCUCAGAUUCAGAAGACGGGACCACCAAGACUGCUUACAUGGAGACCCAGGAAGUCACCUCUCUCAACCUGCCAGGUACAGCCCCUGGCGGAAAUGCUCACUUCUGUCAAGUUGGACUGCGUCUCCGAGAAACCAGCUUUCGACGAAUCGACCUACGAUGAUCACAAUACCCUAGCCCUCUAUCAAGGUGAAGCUUCUCCUCUGACCAUAACACCUUCAUUGGUCGAUCAACAUCUGAGAGAUAGCCAUGGACCGGUUAGCCCGCAGUCUCCGACAUCUACGGCUUAA